CCAUACUGCCCCUAACCGCGAGACGGCCAUCUUGUUUAUUUUUGUUCACAUCCCGGCGCCUGUAAUCGAAGGUCUCUGAAACCAAUUUGUUUCAUAGCAGUUUGCCCCGUCACAGGGGUAGAAUCUGCAGACAUUGGGCGAAUUGCUAGUAAGCACGUAAAGGUGACCGUCUCGCAGAGAAGUCUUCAGACUCCCGGGCGAGAUAAACAAACGGUCACAUCACCGCAGGCUAAUGAUAUGAUGAACAACGUCAACAUGAUGAACCAUGUAAACGACAUUGUCAUCAACAACGAUGGUAUAAAAGCUGAGGCAGAAGACAUGGAUACAGAUCAGGAUGGUGCGUUUAGUUAUAAUAGUCGUUUCAUUUCAAAAUGAGUAUUCAUUGUGGUAUACUUAAAGUGUAGAUUUUAUGUGGUUUUGGACUUGGUAACAAUGAUUUUAGAGGAUACUCACCACUCUAGUGCACUGACCAUUGCCAUUAUUAUUGUAAUAAUAUUAUAGACAUUACAAAGUUGAAUCAUUGUAUUUCUCAUUUGUUAGUUAAACCUAAAAAUUUUGUCUAAUAUUAAUAGUGUAUUAGUGGGACCUAUUUUGCUGUCGUAAACAACACACUAUCACUAACAUUACGACAAAGGUUGAUUUUGGUUAGCGGUAAAGCUGGUGAUGUGUUCUGCUGUAUAGGUCACGGUGGUUCCGCCAGGUCAAAUUCCAUGUACAGCACCGUAUUUAAAAGAUUUCCAUAUUUAUGUUUGUGUUCACUUAGUUCAAGUUUUUGCUUUCUUAUUUUAUUAUUGGGGGGGGGGGGGGGGGGGGGGGGCGCGCGCACCCUCUCCCCAAAAGAUCAUUUUGCACAAGAUCACACUGCAAACUCUUAUGAAUCAUUUUGCACACAGAAAAUUAUGAUAGUUUAUAGUAUGGACUCUACUGGGUUUUUUAACUUCAAAUGAAAUUAUUCCGGUUUAAAUGCUUUCUAUAUUCAUUCUGAAACACUAGUUAUCAAAUAUUUCCUAAGAUUUUGCGCAGACACCCAUUUCCUAUACAAUUUAAGCAGUAGUCUCUCUUUUGUUACAGAAUUUUAACAUGUGUACUUCGAUUUCCGACUAAUCAAAAGACAGCACUUUUAGCGUGCAUCUUUUUUUUUUCAUGUGUUGGGAUUUGGGAUAUCAGGAAGGAUGUGUUUCUUUUGGCACGUGUUCGUUGAAUUUUAAUAAAAUUUAUGGAAAAUUUCAUUUUAAAAUUCUUCAUUUUAACUUUAUCGAUUGUAAUAUUUAGUCUAUGACGCCAGUAAUGACCAGUGAGGAACAUGAAAGUUAUCACACACAUCGUUCAGGUCCUAAAAUUGGUCUAUUCACCCUAAGUCCAGUGUUGGGAUUUCCCAAAGUGACGUCACUGGGCUUAGGGGGAGACAACUCUUGGCAAAACCCAUACUGUUAAUCAAAAAUUUACCCAUUGAAAGGUUUGCUGGGCUUGGAUUGUGUAAGCGUUAAGGCUAGCGAUGUCUUCCACUGUGUAGGUCAUGAAGGCAUUGAAGGUUCUUCAAGUCAACUACUGACCAUAGUUAUGCAUUCAAAUGAUUUUGUUUUUCAACUUUGUGUUUAUUUGAUAAAAGGGUAAACUUUGCAUGUGUUAAGUACUACUUUUCUUUUACAUGGUCGCCAUCUUUUUUGCAAUGGCAGUAAACAUAUUUUGUACACAAUGCAUAAGAAAAAAUAGGGAGGGAAAGGGGAAACAGUGUGUUACAGUUAAAUAAAAUAAAAAUUAAGAGAAUGUUUUAAAUUUCAGCACCAAAAAAAAUUAGCAAUACAUUUCGUCAGUGGUGAAUGCUGCAACUUUAUUGUAUCUCUUGUAGAUAUCUGGCAAGAAGUGUUACAGACCUGCAGACGCUCCCUUCCCUCAACUAAAACAUGUGUGCUAAAAUUACCCAUUGUGAGAAAAGUGUAAAAAUGAAGAAAAACAAUAUAAAAUAUUUUCAAAGUAAUGAAAACUCAACUUACAGUUUCAUUGAAUACCGGUACACUUUUACACACUUUAUUACAGGUUCUAUCAAAAAUAAAAUCCACAUUAUAUCAGAAAAGUUGACAUCUAUUUUUCAAAAUGACCAGAUUUUGAGACCCUCCAAAAAUAUCCUUGUUUUGAAAUAAUAAUAUUAACCAAGCAAUGAAAUAUUAAUUUUAAAAGUCGAUAAGGAAAAACAUUCGAUCACUAUAUUAGUAAAAAAAAAAAUUAAGUUAACUCAAACAAAAGUAAAGUUUCAUAUACAGAAACUCAGGGUUAGUCGUAAAACUAACAACUGAUAAAGGGAGAUUUUUGUGUUUUUUAUUUUUUGUCUUGAAAGUUGGGGGAGAACCCACUUUUAUUGCAAAAAUCAUUGGGGGGUGGGGUGCGCUCGCGUUGGUAGGAACCCUCCAUGACUUUUAACCAUAGAAGACAUCGCCUUAUUGCUAACUGCUGUCACUUACAUCCAUGGGGCUUUGGACCAGUAAAUCUACCACUAAGUUUAGAAAAUGACACAUGUAAUAGAGAUUUUAUAUGCUGCCAACAUUUGAACAACAAAGACUUUUAAAUUUACAGCUACAUUCUACCACAUCCAAAUUCUAUCUUUUCCAGAAAUUGUACCGGUAAUUUUUUUUUUUUUAAAUCCGGCUAGAUAACUUAAGUUAACUUAACCUUACUUAGUGGCAAAAAGCAUCUUUUAUAAGAAUUAAUAGCAAGAUUUGUGCAAAAUUGUUCAAUUUUUUAUAAGAAAUCAAAAGUAUUGAUUUAAAUAGCCUCUGAAAGAAAAAAACAUGAUGUGUAAUAAGCUCACUAUUUGCCAAGACCAAUUAUCUCCAAAUACAGAAAUGAUGUGAAAUGCUCAUACAUGAUGUGUAAUAAGUUUAUUAUUUGCCAAGAUCAUUCACCUCUGAAUAUUGGCUUUGCAGCUACUCAAAUGAUGUGUAAUCAGUUCACGUUUUGCCAAGACCAAUUACUUCCAAAUAACUGCCUUGCAACCACUCAAAUAAUGAUGUGCAACCAGGCUUAUGGCUAUUGUUUAGAGGCGUGUCAUAGUAGUGCUAUUUAGUGGAUGGUUAUUUGGCAGAUGUGUGUAUUAGUAGUGUUAUUUAAUGAAUGGCUAUAUGCAGAGGUGUGUCAUAGUAGUGUUCUUCAUUCAGUGGCUAUUUAGUAACUAAUAUAUUGAUAGCAAUAACCUAAUUAUAUUAGAAAUAACCUUUAAUGGCUUGCUUUUCAACAUUGGGUGUAUGUGUAUCAUUUAUCUGACAUAGUAUCAUUCUAGUAAGCAGCUGUUGAUGGAAAGUGCCGGAAUGUAUCAUUCAUCUUAUAUGAUAUCAUUCAUAUCACAAAGUAUCAUUCAUCUCACAUAGUAAGCAGUUGUUGAUUGAAAGAUUUAUUUUUGUUCCUUUAAAAUUAUUCCAACAGGCAAUAACUGUCACAAUGAGAUUGAGUCUCAGGGAGCGGUUAAUGGUGAUGUGAAACCUCCGUUAUCAAAUAAUGAAGAGGAAAUGGAAGAAGGUAAUUUGGCAAUUUAUGUGCACCCUCUUGAGAAACUAAGCCCAAGAUAGAUCAGCCCAGAGUGUUAAGGAAAAAAAGACAAUGUGCAGAUUCUAUCUGCCCAAAUGCCCAAAAUAAAGCCUCGAGAUUGGCUGGCUGGUCAUUGUGCCAGCUAAAUUCAGAUUGCUUCUUGCAUUUCUUGCUCAUCUCGACAUUUUGAUGGCGACUUCCAUUGAUAUUUUAUAUUGUCAUUUUAUAUCAAUUUUUUUGUACCAAUCUAUACCUAAAAAUGUGACCUUGAAAUAUGGUUGCCAGAAAUGUGUUUGAAAGAAAUAUGGUUGGUAAGUCCUAGAGGUGCACGUUAGAAAUGGGGAAAUCUGUUCAGUUUUUUUAAACAGGUUUUUUUUAAUUACUUUAUCUUGUUAAAUAUAAUUUCAAUAGAAGGAAGUUGAACUUUCUUUGCUGGGGUUACAUAAUCCAAUUAAUCAUUAGACAAAAUAUAAUGAGGAGAGUCACAUGUGGUUAUAUUAUCACUUUUAAUCCUGUUCAUUAUUGUAAUCACUUCAAUGUUGUAGCUAUGGGGUGCAUGAUUAUAAUCCAGGCCAGCACAACAUACAGACUGCAUGAGCACCCACUUUGCCACCCACGAGUAACAAAAUAUUCUGUAUUAUUAUUAUUUUCUUAAUAGAUUUCCCCUAUUUUCUUUCGGCACGCACAAAUUUUUCAUAAAGUAUUAUGGCCAGCCUUACAUUUUUAGUUGUGCAGGUCUGUUAUAAGGGGUUACAGUUCUUCAGUUACAAUCCUAGAUUCUAUACAUAAAAACCUCGAAAUGAUAGCAAAACUUAUAGAGAGUAUGCAUUUUUUUACUUUUCAGUGGUUGUAUUUCUAUUUUUACUUAAUUUCCCAAUAAUUGAAUCAGUAGGCUAUUUUCUGUCCAAUGUUUUUUUAAAUAUUAAAGUUGAGCAAAUCUCCUAAUUUCUAACUCGCACAUGUAAGACCUAACAACAAUAACAAAAAUUGAUAAUAAAAUAAUCCUACCAAAUUUCUGUUUGACCAAAAUUCCAUCGAUCAGUUUUCUGUGGACCAAAUUUCUUUAUAAAAAAUGGCUAGAUCGUAAUAUUUUAUGCAAUUUUACACAUAGAAUCUCAUUAUGGGUUAGGCUUCUACAAUCAGAAAAUUUGUUUAGAUUCUAAAAGUAAGACAAUUUUAUUAUAAGUAUGAACAAAAUUGCAUGCAUAAAUUAUGCAAAGCAGGAUAUCUCAUUUCCAUGAGUUUUGAGAUUUCGAUUCAUAAAGAUUGUAUUAGUUUAUUCAAUUCUCUACAAGAAUAUUUAUAGUUUAAUAUUUUUAAACUAAUUAGUUUUAUUUUUUAUGAAUUAUUUUACAAAGUAAGUGCAGGGCUUGUGAAAAGGGCUCUGUUUUUGGCACAGGCAGUCAAAAAGGCCCCGCCUCAAGAGGGUUGAACAUUUUUAAUAAAAUUUUCAUUAGACAUUUUUUUAAUACUAUGAAUCUUAACACUCCUGUCACACAAUAGAAAUAAAAUGGGGUAAAAAGGAAAGUUUUUUUAAAAAAGAUCCUGCAAAAUAAAUAAUGAGUCUCUCUGUUGAUCUUUACCUGUAUCCUUGACCUUUAUAAUUUAUAUCUGCACAUGUACUGACUUGUUGUUUGAUAGAAUGUGUUUAGAAGAUUUUGUUUAUAGACAUCUCUUCUAAUCUUGUGACACUUCUCUUGUCUAGCUGACUUUUUAAAUAAUCUCAACCAUUUUAACUAUACAAAUUUGCAGAGGGAAUGGAUAUGUCAUUUGAAAAAGGUGCAAAUAACAUUUUUAUACUGCUAAAAAAAUAGUAAACUCAAGCCUUUUCUCUUGAUUGGUGAGCCUAAGAUGGUUAUCUAUAAUAAAAUGUAUUAUUUUCUAGAUGAGAGUCGAGCUGAGGCUACAUUUCAGUUUGUUGUAGAAAACUUCAGCAAACUUGAAGAUUCUGUCCUUAGUCCACCAUGCAUGGUUAGAAAUCUGCCAUGGUAAGUAGAUAUUAUGAUAAUACAGGUCUUUCUUUUUAACGCUUUAUAUCCACAUGACGCCGGCUUUGACUGAUUUUUACCAUUAUAUCCAAAAGCAAUGUUACCGCAAGAAAAAUGCAUGAUAACAACUUAGAUGUUAUUAGACAUAAUUCAUCACUUAAUUACGCUAGCUGUAGUAAGACAGUUUCCUGUAUUUAAAUUAAGGAAGCUCAAUCAAUAUUGUCCAACUUGACAAAGUUUACCGUCUGAUAAUAUCAUUUUUUUUUUUUUGCAAUUUUAUUUUUUACUCUAUGAGCUUUGGGAAUAUAGGUGUUAAUACCUACUAUUAGUCCAAUAUUAUUGAGAUAUGAAAGAUGACUGAUUCACUAACAAAUAGGUAAAGAUGAAAUGGCAUAUUCUUUAAGACAUGAAGUAAUCAAUGGGUUAAUGUUAUUUCUUAUUUAGGAAAAUUAUGGCAAUGCCCCGCAAAAACCAUGCUGAGCGCCAGAGGAGCCUUGGAUUUUUUCUUCAGUGCAAUGGAGAGUCCGAAUCAACAUCAUGGUCUUGUCAGGCAUCAGCCGAUCUUAAAAUGCUCAAGUGGGAUCCAGAAGGAGAGCCCUGCAAAAGAAGUGAGGAAUUAUUUUGAUAUGCAUAUCCUUAUAUUGUCUUUGUCAUGUCUGAUUCUGUUGGUUUUUUUUAAGGCUUAAAAUUGAUUGCCGCUUUCUUUUCAACUUGCAGACAUUCAGCAUUUGUUUUAUCAUAAAGAGAAUGAUUGGGGUUUCAGUCACUUCAUGGCAUGGCAAGUAAGUGUAUUCUAUUUGACUGCUGAAUCAACUUGUUUGUCCUGGGAAACAUUCAUUCAACUGGUACAAGGGCUGGGGAACAUUUUCAGCUAUUGCCCCCAACAUGUAUUAAUUAACACCAACUUUACUCCUAGGAAACAAAGGGGAAAAAAAAUCAUACACUUUUCAAAAUGAUUUAUAUAAUCUAUGUACAAUGAGGAUAUAAUCAUUAGGGGUGUGCCGGACCCCGGUCCGGAAUCCGGUUCCGCCGGAUUUUGCACUAUCCGGUGAAAUCCGGUUCCGCCGGAUUUACAUGUAUCCGGAACAACCGGAAUCCGGAAUAUACCGGAUUUCGGAAUUUGCCAGAUUUUGUGACUCACCGGAUCAUAAUCUGAAAUAAAAGUAAUUCUCUUUCCCGAAUUCCACACGAUCACGAUACAUUAAUCGAUUGUUUCGAGCGUUGAGCUUGUUUAAUGUUUAAUAUUCCGUACAUACCAGAGGCUAGAGUCAGCACCGCUAAUAUUGGCCAAUAGUGUAGGGACUUUGAUAAGAAAAUUUAAACUUUUUGUAAAAAUAAACCAAUGGCAUAUUUGAAAAGAUGUAAUUUUUUAAAGAAUUAUAACACCAAAAUCAUAUUUUUAGCUGUUGUAGUUUUAAAGUUAUGAAUUUUUAAAGUACGACUUGGUUUGUCAUUUUUUAACAUGGACUGCAUCUCCACAUUCUGUGAUCUCAUUCCACCAAUCCCGUCAUGCGCAAUGACUAUAUAGUUUAUAUAAGGCAACGCAUUCCCUGCCUUAUCACUAAAAUACUGUUUAGACUUAGUUUAAACUUUCAACUUUGGCACAUGAAUAAUUAAUUAAAGCUUUCCCUGACCAAUGGUUUAAUAGUUUUUGCACACGGCAAACUCUUAUGAAUGAAACUCUGAGGUAGUACUACGAUACAGUUAUGCAAGUGGCUGUGAAUGGUUGCCAAUGACAACGUGUUGCACACGGUAAAUUCUGAUCAUUUAUAAUAUGGAUUCUACCGGGUUGUUAAAGCUCAAAUUAAAACAUUCCAGUUUAAAUGUCUUUAAAUGCAUUCUGAAACACAAGUUAUCAAUUAUUUUGAUGUAAAUAGUGAUAAUAAAUUAAUAUUUCCUAAGUAUCGUCAACUUCCGCCAUUAAAAAGGGGGGCGUGGCCAACCCCAUGGCGAAAUUAGGUUGAGCGAGCUGCAUAACCUGCUGCGAACGCGUAGAAACAUGGCGUCUCUCGUAAGACACUUAUCCAAAUGGAACGGAACUCAAAUAUAUAUCGAAAGUACUAAUUUAAUAAUAAAUAGACACACACAUCGGAAAAUUAAAAACUCGGAUUUUUUGGCGCCGAUUGCGAAUUCCCAUACACAAAAAGUAGUAGUCCACCUUGACUUACCGAAGUAUCUACCAAUAGUACCAAAAUCCGGAAUCCGGGAGAAACCGGAAUCCGGAUCCGGCGGAUUUCGCAUAAGAAAAUCCGGAUCCGGUUGGAAAAAACGGAUCCGGCACACCCCUAAUAAUCAUAAUUAUAAAAAGUAUCCAAUAAAUUGUUAAAAUUAUCUUUGAAAGCUAUUUUCACUUAGAGGUUUUGGAGACAUGAUGUUACAAUUUUUAAACAUCAAAAUUGUUGUUGUUUUUUGGUGUAAAGGCACUUAGUAUACUGUCUUCGAUUUUUCUACUUCAUAUCUGUGUUUAUAGAGUGGAAAAUCCUUGCUAGAAAUUGUAGAUUGUUGAGCUCCUCUUUUGCAAUUUUGAAAGGCGUUGCAGCUCUUAAUAUCUUUGAGCAUAAGAUAAAAUAAUAGGUGUAUACAAUACAAGACGUACAGUUAUGCCAAUGAGCCGCUACUAACCACAUGUUGGUUGCGUUUCACUUCCAUUGACCAGAUGCAGUGUUGCCAGAGUAAACAUUUCUGUUUGAACAAGGAACACGCCUUUUAUAUUACUUGAUGGAUAUUUAUUGAUGCCUCGUUACACCUAAGAUUUGAGUGUUAAAUUAUUAAACCAUAUCACUUGACUGCUAAAGCAUGUUUUUAUUAUUUAUUUAUGUGGUCUGAGUAUAUCUAAGAAAACUAUAAUAUUCUUAUGCAGACAAGAAAUAUUUCUCAAGCAAUUUAUUUGACACCAUGUUCACAAUUUAAUUUGAAGCUUAAACUCAUUUUCUGUAAUCUCUCAAAAAGAGAAAAUUGUUUAUUAGUUCCGAUUAUUUCCUAUUAGUUUCAUGUCGGAGAGAUCUUUAUUACAUUUUUGCAAAUGUAAUAUUGGGUUGUGAGUAAUACCACAUUAAAUGGUUUCAGCCACUGUAUUGUAAACAAUGCAAUUUCUUAAAUAGCCUCUAGGAGGGCAAACCUGAGACCAAAACAUGUAUAGAUGGUGUAUAAAUUUUUGUAAAUGAGUUUACAAAGGCAAUAUUAAAAGAGAAAAAUUGAGCACCAAUAAGUGCUUGUAUCUAUGUUAAACCUUAGGUCUACUCUCCUUUUGUAUUGAAAUAUUUGAUUUGUACAUUUCAAACUCUAGGAUGUUCUUGACCAAUCUGCUGGUUUUAUCAAAGAUGACAAAAUUAUUCUGGAAGUUCAUGUAACUGCGGAUGCCCCUCAUGGAGUCAGGUGAAGAUUGUUGCUAAAUUUCAGGCCAAUCUAUGAAAACUGUUGAUGGUUUCUCAACCUUAUUGUUCAUUUUCUUUAUUAAAAUUGAUAUUAAGAUAUAGAAAUUAUGGAGCCCUAUUAAGAAUUGGAACAUUUAUUGACUUCACGUCCAAUGCACACACAUCACCUUUCCAAUCAUAUAGCAGACCUGUUAACUCUUACGGUUUUGGCAUACAAUUUACAAUUUUGAGAUGUCUUUUACAAUUGUACGCCAAGACCUGUGAGAACUACAAUUUUAAGAGACCAGGUUGAAAAUAUAUAUAUUCGGGUAGUUUUUACUAUAAGAAAAUUUUAAAGUACAUUUACCGUUGUUAGUUUUAGCUCCUUUCUACAUCCCUCAGUGUAUAGAUUGAGAAAUGCUAUUGGUUGGGACCAUCUGUAUUUAUAUUAUGUUUGCCCUGAGAAGGGAUGGGGUGGUGUUGAUUUUUGAGCUUUUGUGUUUGCUGUGGUGCUGUAGGAUGUCAUUUUGUGACAAUUAUUUCUUUGGGGUGAAGACAGUGCAAAGUCAGAGAAAAACUUUUUUUUUUUUUGUGGGAAUGGAUGGCCAACUUUUCCACACAACAUUAUAUCUGGACAUGUUUUAUAGGAUUUGAGAGGGAAAUUGCAAUCUAUUUUUAAAACGCACUAAAUAGCUGUAAUUUUUUUUAAUUCUCUUGUUUGGUUCCAACACAACUCUCCUUUCACCCAUUAACAGCUUGUGGUAGUUAUCAGAUCAUAAUGUCUACAGGAAAUAGGCUUAGUGCUUAUUGAUUUUUUUCUUUAACCAGAUUUUCCUAAUAAAUAAAAGUUAAAUAAGUUGCUUGGUAGUUUUUUUUUUAAAUGGCACCUUAAAUUGUUAAUUAAUUUUUAUUUCAAUAAAUUUUAUGCUGAUCUGACUUUGAGUUUGAACCAUGUUAAAGUUCACCAGUAACUUUAUUUUUGCCAGUGACAAACCGAUAAUGUGAUCUGCACGUUCACCCAAAUAUUAACUGAUAUCUAUAGCAGAUACACGUCUGUAAAACAAAAUGAUCGCAGUUAGCAAUGUACUUAUGGUUGUUACCCUUUUUUCGCCGGCUUAACUCCAUUGCACUAGACACCUGAUACAAAGAGUUAUUUUACACAUUAUAUAUACGAUAUGUUUAUUUAUUUGCUAUUUAGAUACAGCAUUGUUUGAUUUUGAGAUGAUAUUGUACGAUUUUAGAAGCUGUAGGAAAAAAUCUGUUAUCGAUUGAUGGCACUAGUAUUUCCUUUACAUUAUUAGUGAGCAUUAUACACUAGUUAAUUUGAAAUUUUGACAUUAUUUAAAAGUAACUUACCUAGUUAUGAUUUCAGAGUGUUACAGUACAAAGAAUUAACUUGUCUUUAUUUGUGCUUGCUCCACUAGUUGGGACUCUAAAAAACACACUGGCUUUGUAGGGCUGAAAAAUCAAGGAGCUACCUGUUAUAUGAAUUCUCUAUUACAAACACUUUUUUUCACAAACAAGCUAAGACGGGUAAGUGAAGUUUUUCCAGUUUAACUUAAUGGCAAUUGCUUAAACUUUUUAUUUUAAUUAGUGGACUUUGAUUGUAAAAUAUUUAAUUGAAGUUGAGAUGUUGUACAACAUAAACCCAACCAAAUAAUUUGUUUAAUGCACUUUUUACUUUACUUUCAUAUUACGUUUUAUUGACAAAGUAUUACAGUGGAUUUUAAAACUUGUCAUUUAAUAUGUCAUACGUCAGUCCAAAAAAAUACUUGACCUUAAGAAUCUGUCAUCUUAUAGCAAAUACUGGAAAAGAGGCUAUUAUUAAUAAAUUUAUAAAUGGUAGCAGAUAAAACAGACACAUUUGCACUCGUGUUUUACCUGUUAUAAAUGGUAGCAGAUGAAACAGACACAUCUCUUCUUCUUCUUCUAUACGAUUAAUUUAUUGAUCAUUCUGACUCCUAUGCAUGUAGAGGGGAUUUGCAAUGUUUCUGUGACUGGUGGAUAUUCCACUGGUUGCAAGGGCCACUCCGUGAGACUAUCAUGAACUGGGGGUUGGAAGGCCUGAUGCAAUAGACGCAAAUGUUUCAAGUGCAUUCGCCUCAAUUGUUCCUUUUGAAAACUUGUUCCAGUCCCUCAUUGUCUUUGACAGGAAUAAGCAGUUCCUGUACUGGCUUUUUGCUGGUAUGUGCUGGAACUGCCUGUCAUGGCCUCGUUGCUGUCUAUGGGGGGAGAAGGACGAGUUUCUGUUUAAUGCUGGAUUAGUGGACCAGUCCAUUUAUCAUCUUGUACAUCAUGGAGAGCAUGGAUAGACGCCGUCGUUCCUCCAAUGGUGACUAGCCCAGUGUUUCCAGCAUGAUUUCAACACUAGAGGUGUUCCUGUAGCGGUUCAGGUCAAAGCAUGCUGCCCGUCGCUGGACCGCCUCCAACCUAUCGAUGCUUUUAUGGGUAAAUGGGUCUCAGGCUGAAGAUACGUAAUUUAAAAGCAGCCGGACAAAGGCUUUAUAGGCUCUUUCUUUCACACUGGAGUUGCCGAUCUUUUUAAGAACCCAAGUGUCUUGUUUGCCUGGUUUCACACAUUGUUUAUAUGCUCGUCCCAGCAGAACUUUCUUUGAAUGGUAACACCGAGGUACCUUACGGAGGAAACUGGCUCAAGUAUAUGGCCAUGCAGUUCGUAGGGGUGGUGUCGAGGGUUACAUCUUCUAGACACUAACAGCGUCUAGCACUUGGCAGGAUGAAAUUCCAUGUCCCAGCUCAUCUCCCACUCAGCGUAUUGAUUGAGGUCUUGUUGUGUCUGAUCCUGGUCAGAUCUGUUGGCAUACACCUUUGCACUCCAGUUUAACCUGUUGUUAUAAAUGGUGGCAGAUAAAACAUACACAUUUGCACUCCAGUCUUACCUGUUAUAAAUGGUAGCAGAUAAAACAGACACAUUUUCUCUCCAGGCUGUUUAUCUAAUGCCCACAGAAAGUGAUGACAGCACACGAAGUGUUCCACUUGCCCUUCAGCGAGUCUUUUAUGAGCUGCAGUUCUCAGAUAAACCAGUUGGAACAAAAAAACUCACAAGAUCAUUUGGGUAAAAUAUAAAAUAUAGACUAGUAUAUAAAGUAUCUACUACUACAACUUGAGUGUACACCUCAUCAUUUCUACAAUUUGUGUCAAAAUACUUUUACAAGAUAAAUACAUUAAUUACCAGAUCUUUUUUUUAUAUAUAUAAGUAGAUUGUAAGCCAGUUAUGGACUGUAUUAAAUUAACAAAACACCUUAGGAGUGUGAUUGCAGUCUUAAGUUAAACUUACUUCCACAUCCUAGUAUUUCCACAAAACUGUCAAUUUAUUUUUUGUUCUUUAUUCUAGAUGGGAAACCUUAGACUCAUUCAUGCAACAUGAUGUUCAAGAGCUUUGUCGUGUGGUUAGUUGGAACAAGUUUUCCUUUACUUGCGUUUAUCAACCCUAUUAAUUUCCAUUGUGUGUUGAGAUUAGUUUAAAUUAGCAUAAGGGUUUCAUAUGAUUGUGACUUGUAAAAAAAAAAAAAAAAGAACCAAGCAUUAGUCAAAAUAAACACAUAUUACUAACAAAGUGUAAAAUGCUUCAUUUAUGCAACAUGAUGUUCAAGAGCUUUGUCGUUUGGUUAGUUGGAACAAGUUUUCCUUUACUUGCGUUUAUCAACCCUAUUAAUUUCCAUUGUGUUUUGAGAUUAGUUUAAAUUAGCAUAAGGGUUUCAUAUGAUUGUGACUUGUAAAAAAAAAAAAAAAGAACCAAGCAUUAGUCAAAAUAAACACAUAUUACUAACAAAGUGUAAAAUGCUAUUGCAAAAUAUACAAUGGCUUUUUUUAAAACUUUAUUAUGUGACUUCAUCUUGUUUUGAUAAUGAACAUGCCAGAAAUGACUUCAAGAAGAAGCCAUUGAUCUCGUUAUUACAUUGAAAGAUAUUUGACUUUUUUAACCAAGAAUUUUCCAUAAUACUUUAUUACUUGGUUAUUUCUAUAUGAUUAUGCUGGUAUGAGACAUGUUGAUGUGAUUGACUGUUUCUCUCAACAGUUGUUAGAUAACAUGGAGAGUAAGAUGAAAGGAACUUGUGUUGAAGGAACUAUUCCAAAACUCUUUGAGGGUAAAAUGUUGGUGAGUAUCCACGAAAUCAAGGUUUCCAAAACUGGGAUGCGAGGUGGCAGUUGUGGGGUGUGUGUGGCAAACAGUAAUUUAAAACAAAGGGCUAUUGUCUUUUUAAGUCGUGAUGUAAUUUUUAAUUCUUAAAAAAAAGUUAUUUAUCAACAUUUUAGUUUAUGUAAUAAGUUUCAAGUUAAUUUUCCAAGUUCUACAGUUCUCUUAUUAAUUCUAUUAAAAUAUUGUUACUUUUGUAGGGUUGUGAAACUUAGCACAAUAAUUUUUAGCCAGUGCGAGACUAGUAAUAACAUUGAGAGGGUUGGGGACCACAGCAAGGUUGGGAAACACUGUAGCAAAUCUUUUUCUGAGUUUUCUAAUUGAUAUGUGUUUUACUUAUUUGAAUAACUAUUGUAUUGUGUGUAAUUGUUUCCAAUUUCGUUCAUAUUGUUAUACUUCAUUUGUGCUCAUGUAAGUGAAACUUGUAUUUUUUAAUAAUUUUUUUUUACAGUCUUACAUUAAAUGCAAGCAUGUGGAUUAUGAUUCAAAAAGAGAGGAAACAUUUUUUGAUAUUCAACUGAACAUUAAAGGAAAGAAAACUGGUGAGUACAAUCCAAAGACAUGAUCAUAAACAAAAUCAAAAAAUAUUUUAUUAUAUUUAUAAAUGCUGUUACAAUAUAUAUAUAUAUAUAUAUAUAUAUGAUUAUAAGACUAGAAAAUGGGAUUAUAAGACCAUCAAUACCCAGAUUAUUGAUAUUAUUUUCAUAAUUACUGUUUUAAGUGUGUUUUUCAAUAUUUGAAUCCAUAAUACAUGCAUACAAUAUUUUGUCUCUAGUUGUAGAAUCUUUCAAAGAGUACUGCACUGUGGAAACUUUAGAUGGUGAUAAUAAAUAUGAUGCAGGAGAAUAUGGUUUGCAGGUGAGUCCUUCUUCCAGAAGCUUGAAUUUUAGUUUUAAUAAGACCUUGGUUUUUUUUUAAUCAUGUUUUGGGGGAAAAGCCAAGUGCAUAGCAAAUACAAGAGGAGUAUAAAAUGAAUACUAUGAAAGUCCUUCAAGCCAUGUGAAGGUCAUACUAGCAAUACGAUAUUUAAAACAAAAGAAUACAGACCUUUCAGCUAACUGCCUUCUUCUACAAAUCAAAACAAGAGAAAACAAACAAAUUAGAAAAAAGACUUGAAGUAAGGAAGUUUUGUAGCCUCGUAUUACUAUGGCCAUGCAUUGUUAGCAUUCUUAUUAUCAUUAUGCAUUUUUUUAAUAACAAAAAUAAUAUUUAGUCUUAACCCAGCAAUGAAAAUGAACAAAUUUGUUUACAUUUUAGCUCAUGGUAUCAUAUUUUUCUAUGGACUUGUUUGAGUUUUUUAUUAAUUUUUUAAAAUUAAGUAAAGUAAGAUUGUUUAGUGACUUAUUGAUUUCAAAUAUUCUGUUGUUUUGUUUGCUAAACUUGUCUAUUUGUUUAUAGUCAUUUUCAUUCAAUGCUUCUUUACUCUUAUGAUAUGCUUGCAGGAAUCUGAAAAAGGCGUCAUAUUCCUCUCAUUCCCCCCUGUGUUACACCUACAUCUCAUGAGGUUCAUGUAUGACCCGGUCACAGAUGCAAACAUAAAAAUUAAUGAUAGGUGAGCUGUUUUGGAUUUCUAUUAAUAAACAUCUUUAUGGUAAUGUUUCUUGCAGUAUAUUCCUAUAAAUAAACAAAAUAUAUUUUUAUAGUGACUUAUUUUUAGCAGGCUAUUCUAACAUUCAAUCUGUUUUGAAUUUUGAUCUUUAUCUUAAGCUGUAUACAUCAUUUAUGAAGGUAACUUGCGUCAGUCAGUCCUAACAGUCUUCUGUACAACCAAUCUUAGGCAUAAGAUUAUAUUUUUUAUGGCCCGUAAAUUGUUGCUGAUUUCCGAUCAAUUAAAACACAAGAUUAAAUUGAAAUAAGCUUAUGCAAUAAAGCUUUUUAAGCUUUUCAUUCCUUGGCUCCUGGUCCUAAAAUGUCCCUGAUUUUCAUUAAAAAAACAGAGGGGUCGGGUUGUAUAUCGGCAAAUGGCAAAAAAUAACAUGAACUCAUUUAUGGAUGGGCCCAUUGUAACAAUGUGAAAAGUCCACUCGAUGUUUACAUUGUGAAUAGCCUUAGCUCACUCAGGUUCAAACAUUUCACAUAAUAAGGAUCUUGAUCAUUUUGGGGAGCUUUCUUAUUAGGAUGGUUUGACAUCCUUGUCCAAAACUGUUAAGCUCCCAACAGUAGUGAUAAUAAAACCAAACUGCACUAACAAGAUUGAAAUGAGCAGUGACAAAUGAAAGGUUUGCUUGUAUGGAUGUUGUAAAUCUGAAAGGAAAAAAUACUUAUCUAUUUAUAACUUAUAUGUUUUAAAGAUUUGAAUUCCCCGAGAGGUUGAGCUUAGAUGAAUUCCUUCAAAAAAAGGAGAAGACCUCGGCAACCUACCUGUUACAUGCAGUACUUGUACAUAGCGGUGAUAACCAUGGUGGACAUUAUGUUGUAUAUAUAAAUCCCAAAGGAGAUGGCAAAGUAAGGAAUAUUUCUAUUGAAUUGGUAUGUUGGCUAAGUAAGGAAUAUUUCUAUUGAAUUGGUAUGUUGGCUAAGUAAGGAAUAUUUCUGUUGAAUUGAUAUGUUGGCAAAGUAAGGAAUAUUUCUAUUGAAUUGGUAUGUUGGCUAAGUAAGGAAUAUUUCUAUUGAAUUGGUAUGUUGGCUAAGUAAGGAAUAUUUCUAUUGAAUUGGUAUGUUGGCAAAGUAAGGAAUAUUUCUAUUGAAUUGGUAUGUUGGCAAAGUAAGGAAUAUUUCUAUUGAAUUGGUAUGUUGGCAAAGUAAAGAAUAUUUCUAUUGAAUUGGUAUGUUGGUAAAGUAAGGAAUGUUUCUAUUGAAUUGAUAUAUUGGCUUAAGUAAUGAAUAUUUCUAUUGAAUUGACAUGUUGGCUAAGUAAGGAAUAUUUAAUUGAAUUGGGAUAUUAAAUAUCGUGGAUAUUUUAUUUUAUUUUAUGGAGGGAGGGGGUACAAAAUGAAAGAGCUUCUCAUUCCUUCAAUUGCUGUUUAGCAUUACAAAAGUUUUUAUAUAUUUUAUAUUGUUUUAAUCAAUGAUUUAUCUUUUGAAUAACACUAAUUGGUUAAAAAGGCACAAUAUUUUUUAAACUAUUUUAAAGUCUCCCUUUUUUUUUCUUUUUUUUAACCUUUAUCUCUUAACCCCAAUAAAGUAAUUGUGACUCGUGGGUGAUGUAAAUUGAGAUUCUUAUUUCAGAGGAUUUCUUUAUAGAAAUUGAAGGAUUAUUGGAUUACUGAAAAUGCAUGUUUGUUUUACUGAAACAAAAUUCAAGAUGCAAAACUGUGCACUUAAAAUACUUUGCAAGUGGUCUAAAACUGUUACUGUUUUGAAGGGAUUAUAUUCUGAACGUAUCUGAUGCCAAGCAUCAGACUUUGAAAGUAUAAUAAUUUGUUUAUAUUUCAUAGAAAAUAAAAAUAAAUAAAUUUCUUAUUCAGAGAGUUAUGAAAUAUUUUUUUUACAGUGGUGCAAAUUUGAUGACGAUGUAGUGUCUCGUUGUACAAAAUCAGAAGCCAUUGACCACAAUUUUGGCGGACAGGAUGAAGAUCUGACCGUCAGACACUGUACAAAUGCUUACAUGUUGGUGUAUAUACGUGAAAGUGAAUUGAGUAAGUCAUAUGAUCUAUUCACUAAGUGAAAAACUCUAUCAAUGUAUAUAUAUAUUUGUAGUACAUUUCAUUAAAAUAUAUUUAUUGCUAUUUUUAUAAUAACCUUACUUUCAUAUUUGAUAAAUCAAUCAUUUUAUAGUAAGUUGACUUUGACAUAUAAGUUUAUAACUUUUACUUACUUGGAAAAUACAUAUUUUACAUUAUAUUAAUAAUGAAAAUGUCAGAUAUUUUUUUAUUAAACUCUAUUAUAUUGGCAGCUGCAAAAUAAUAUACAUUAUGUUUUGUGACCAGGUGAAAUUCUUGAGCCUGUUAGUGAAAAAGAUAUUCCUGAUACUUUAACUGCAAGAUUAAAUGAAGAAAGGUAAUUUGACCUAAUUUUAUCGAUUUUUGUAUGUUGUUCCAAGAACCACAGACAACAAUGUAGACUAGUUGCCGCUAAGGCUGUCACCAGGUGCUCCGCUACUCAUCCCAAGGCUGACUGCCAAUGCAAUUCUCAGUGCCCCUUUUUAGAAAUUAUAUUUAAAAAUCAUUAAAUUUCAAACAGUUCUACAUGCAUUACCCCCACUCCCUACAGUCACUUCCGAAUUCCCACUACACCAGGCAGUUGCAUGUCAGAUGGAUUGUCGUGUAUGAUGCUCGUUCGGUGCACCAAACAACUCAACUGCUAUACAUUCAUCCGUAUCCGGAAAUUUGUUUGAAUAUUGAUCUAAAGAUGCUUGAUCAAUGGAAGUUUGGUCGAACGGAAGUUUGGUCGAAUUUUUUUUUUCAGUUCACACGAUCAAAUUUUUGUCAAAUUUCUUUCUUUUUUUUUAUUUUUAAUAUAUAUAUAUAUAGUAUAGUGCGUUCAGAAAGAAACAAGACAAUAAUUUGAUUUUGAAAAAUACUACUGCUUUUUAAAGAAGAAAAAAAAGAAAUCAUAUAUUUCUAUCUUCUUUCUUAAAAAAAUAAUGAGACUUAAAAGUUCAUCAUGGCUUUCAAGCGCAUAGUAUAUGCGACAAAUGCACUAAGUUUGAUGUAGAAUUUAUUGAAAUUAAUGUCGAAAGUAAAAGUGAUGAUCUUAUAGUUAAGGAUAAAUCUGAAACAAACUAUAAAAAGCAAUAUACUGUUUAGAUAGUUAGCUGGCCAGUGACUAUGGUGAUAGCCUGUGAACUUUACGACUCCCUAGAGUUCCUAAAACCUUCUCUGUUGGGCUCCCCAGGUAUUGACUCUGUGGGUCAAAGGUUAGAUCUUUUUCAAAGUUUUGACAACCCUAGUUGCCACAAAGUUCAGCAGGACACAUACCCCCUGUCCUUUCUCUUUUCUCUCUCCUCCUAAGCUGCGUUCUCAGGUUAAAUGUACAAUGCCGUUUGGUCAGGAGUAAAGAAAGUUUGUUUUUUUCCCAACCGAAGUUGGUAAAUUUUCCUUUCCUGACGGUGCACAUAUGGUAGUGUGUUUUCUUGCUGACAGCUGGGGUUGAAAACAGACGUGCCUGGAGUUAAGUCAAGUUGCUAUAAGGUACUAUAAUGACUUAAUGUUAAGUUUAACUUUGUUUCUUUGAAUCAGUUGUUAUUGUUGUUAAAUUUUCAGAAAGUUGGAAGCACUGAAACGCAAGGAAAGAACGGAAGCCCAUUUAUACAUGAAUGUGCAUGUGUUGACUGAGGACAACUUCUGUGGUCACCAAGGAAAUGAUCUUUUUGACACUGAAAAAGUCAAUUAUAGGUAAACAAUUAAUAGAUGUCAUCUAGGACCUUAAGCAUUCUUGAAAACAACUUCAUUGAAUGAAAAUGUUUUAUCUGUCUGUAAAAUAAUUUAAUUUUCUUAUCUACAAAUAUGUUAGGAAGGUGUUUAAAUAAUAGUUUAUCUCUAUUUUAUUUGGUAGGAGUUUCAAGGUGAAGAAGACCUCCACACUUGCAGAAUUCAUGGAAAUCUUAGCAGACAAUUUAGUGAGUUGAUCAAUGUAAUCACUUUUUUUUUAAAAAUAUGACAGAAAAAUUAUCUUUAUUCUCAGUCUAAAUUGAAAAUUAAAACUUACUUGUAUAUUUCCAUUUCCAGUAUUCUUUGAAUACCUUGAGGAAAAACAAUAGCUGCUAUAUUCUUGUUUGACCAAUGCCCAGGCUUUUAAAUGUUUCAAUAAUAAACCUGAGCAACAUGGCACAGCUAAUAUUAUGUCAUUGUCAAAUUAACUGCACUGUGACCCAAUCUUCUGCCGUCAUGCCCCUCUCAGUGGUGUCAUGGCUGAUAUGAUCUGCCGCUAACAAAAUCGUUGGUCAAAAUGCUAAUGACUUAUUGGGUAUGAUUGAUGUCAGACUCACCUUGAUAUAGCGCAGUAGGGAUGUACAUAUAAGCUUUAAGGGUCAUUGUUCUAGUGCAGUAGUCAUCUACAUAAAGGGUAUCAGUAGUCAUUGGGUUUCUGGGUGGCAAAGCGGUCUAAAUUGAGUCUAUCCCCAUCAAAGCCUAGAAAAGUCAAAACACCAGCAUCCCGGGCUGGGACUUUAUUGUAACACUGAAAUCAAACCCAGAGAUGGAGUCCCGUACAUCGACAUAAUGAAAAAAAAUCUGUCCUGCGAUGUGGAACGCGUAGAGAGCACAGUGAAACACAAAAUAAACACUGCUGGUUAUUUUCUGCAUCCAGGUCUAUUUCCAGUUGUCUUGACUAAGUCUUUCCAUUGGAUGAAAUAGGCCAAGAGGAGAGAGUGAGACUGGGCAACUCUCCCUCACUUUAACAGACCUUUUUACUCUUUAUGAUUUUGGAUUUCAAUGUACGAUUUUUAGAUGUUUUUUACGACUCUAUGCCAAGACCCGCCAAAACUAUGAUUUUAAAAGACACAGUAAAAAAAAUAUUAUGGUAAUUUUUUCCGAUUAAUUUAUUUUUUCCUCCCUUGCAGUUUCUAAUAAAAGAUCUGGCAGUGAAUGGACCGAGAAAAACGAUUGGUUGUAAUUUUUUUAAAGUUGGGACCAUCCUUCAUUAUAAUAUCUAUGCACUGAGAGGGAAGGUGGGGGUUGUUGAUUAAGGAGAUUUGUGGCAUACGGUACGCAUGGGUAGGGGGGAUAGGUGGGAGUGUCAAAGACUAUAAAACUAUUACCACCACGUAUUGUAUUGAAGGUGAUGAUUGUCAUACAGUUGCUUUGUGUGUCAGUGACCUGGCAAGUACGUCAACAUAAUAUUUAGACUAAUCGCUAGGCCUAGCGACAACUUCACUCGCCGUCCCCUUUGAUUGCUACCCAGCCUGUGACACAAUUAUUUUGUUUGUCUGAAACGCGGUGAUUGUGAAAACUGAGCAAACUAGAGAUGUUAACAAAAAAUAAGAUACAUUAUUCAACUGUUCUGCACUGCAACAGUGGGUUUGGAAAUUUUAUAAGAUCUAAUUCAGCUGCAUUUAAGAAAUAUUUUUACAACUCGUAAAGUAGCUCUCCCCUCAACGAUUCUAAAAAUACAACAGUAUGGUAUCACUAUUGGUAUCAUAAAUUGUAGAAUUUAAACAUAAAUCUAGGUGCAUUCUGGUGACCGCCCCCUCACAUCAAAGCUGUCAUAUGCAUCCUCAGAGUGUAACAGGUUCCCUGAUUGAAAUUCGAAUGAGUACACUUUGAAAUAGUGAAUAAAUAAACAAAAUAAUAUAAAGAGUUGGGGGAAAAUAACUCUGCCAUGUAUGUAGGUCACUAGAGUCAUCUAGUAACUGCAAACAGUAGUUACUCGGGUGGGUUACUGUUUAAACUUUACACCUAAACCCAAAGUUGGGACAUUGGAUUCAAAUUAAAAAUGGAAAUAAAGUUAUGAAUUGUAAUAUUCACAACGCCUCUGUGAGGAAGCCGCCAUAUAGAAAAAUGUGCACCCCCACCCACCCGGGCGGGCCAGUAAAAGGCCUAUUCAUUGCGCCCUUUCUCUUUGACUAAGUAAAUGGUUGAAUUGAUUAUCAUGGUCCUUUCAUAGUAAUCUAAUUUUAGAAGUUGCUAAGCAGUUGUGCAAUUUUAAUAACCCAGUUUUUUUCCAGUACUUCUCUUCCCUUCUCCCAAAAAGUUUGCGUUGAUGAUGUUCAUUCUUGUCAUAAACGCAGAUUUGAAUAAAUGUAUGCAUCAAUUUUUUGUGAUGCGCCAUUUCGAUGUACCAGCCCCUUUCUUGGGCUCAUUUAAAAAAUUGAUUACAAUAAGUGAUCUCAAAAAUUAAAUAAAAGUUAUAAAACAGUUGUACUAUUUAGUAGCUUCUAAAUUAAAGAAUUUAUAUAAACAUGGCUGGUAAAAGAAACAUAAUUUUCCACAAACAUUACAAAUUACAAUUAAGUGUAGAAUGAUGCAAAACGAUAUUCAAGUGUACAUAAAAAUGCAUCAUAUUUUGAAUUAAUACCGCAAUAAAAAAUAUGGGGAAGAGGCUCGGCCAGUCCCCAAACCUCACUUUCGCUGGGAUGACUUGGCGGGUGCCCUCAAUUUCCGCUUCCCGACCCUAUUCACGUGGCAAUUACGGGCACCUUUUUAUUUGCUAUAAAGCACCGUAUAUAAAUAUAUAAACUCGGUCAGUCUACUUUAAGAAGUGACCCUUUUUAGACACACGAUGCGAAUUGUUACAGUAUAAUGUAUACAAAUCUAUAUGCAUCGCAUGUCUAAUAAAUAAACUUAACACUUUCCAUGCCAGGGGGUUUUCCACGUUCGUGCCAGACCAGUUUUCGGUCAAUGGAAAUUUUUUAGGGUGCUCUUAUCUAUUAAUUAAUAAAUAUUGAAUACAUUUCUUUUAGCAAGAUUGUUGUAUUUCAUAUCAAGUUAAAGGAAAUUAGACAGAAUGAUAAUAUGUAAUAGAUAAAACAAUAUGACAACAAUAUUUUAAUUUUUUUUGGUAAUAUUGUGCGAUCAAAUUGUUUUAUUAUUUUUUUAAAUGGGCACCAAAUCUGAACUUACCAGACUACCAUAUGGUCUGUGUAGCUGGUAUCCUAUUCUGCUUCAAUCCUCAGAAAGUAUUUCUAUUUUUGAUCAUAAUCCAUUUUUAAUUUUAAAAAUAUUCCAUUUUGUGACAGAGUUAUACCCAUUUUUGUAACGUUAGGAUUAGUAUUAUCUGAAUCCUCGCUGUUGCCAUAGUAACAAAGGGGUUUUGAAAAAAAAUCAUAACUUUUGAACUACUUGAGCUAGAAAGCUGAUCUUGGUGUUUUUCUGAUCCAUUCUCUAGGCUCUAUACACUCAUGGUAUCUUUAUAUUUUAGAAAAAUAUUUUGAAAUUUUUAUGAAAGUGCCGACAGUCACCACUAUUACUAUUUCUAUAGCCAUUUUAUUACUAUGUCCAUUUGGCAUUUACCAACCCAUCAGAAAUCUGAAAAUCAUCACUGGAAUCAGAUUCAAAUGAUUCAUGGUUAUUGUCUGAUGUUUCAGCAUCAUUAAUUAAUAGCAAUAUAAGUUCUUUUGUUUGAAAAAUUGACUACCCACGUGGUCUAGCAACAGGUGACGUGCUUGGAAUAGGCGUGGCCAUUGCUUUGUUUACAAAAGUUUCAACACAAAUUUAACUAUUAUUAGAAAAAACACAUGUAAACAAGCCCUACUUCUUACAGGAAGGAAGUAGGCUGAGUUAUCCUUAGUUUAAGAACAUAAAAAGUUGGAUUAAUAGCCGCAGACAACGAAAUAAAAAUUAAUUAAUUAGUUUGAUGGUGUAUCGUGACUUGGCACAAGCAUGACCAGUCAAAUUGACGAUGCACCAUGGCUUGCCAUGGAAAGAGUUACAAUAUCAUGUCUACAAAAUGUUUAAUUAUUUACUAUUAUGAAAUGAUAUUGUACAAUUUUGGGAGUUCCAGGGUAAUCAGGCCUGUUAAAAGCUUAAGGGUCAUUGCUCUAGUGCAGUAGUCAUCUACAUUAAAGCUAUAAAGGUCAUUAUUCUUAUUCAUUAGUCAUAUACAUAGAAGCCAUAAGGGUUAUUAUUCUAGUGCAGUAGGGAUGUACAUAAAAGCUAUAAGGGUCAUAGUUCUAGUCAUUUCCAUUUCUUUAAAAUCUUUUAAUAAUAAUAAAUAAAAAAUAAGUAAAAAAUAAAUGUAAUCCCUUAAUUUUUAUGCAUGUUUGCAGAAAUACCCAGUUCAACAAAUUAGGCCGUGGCCUUUCCAUUGUCGUCAAAAUCAAACAUUCAGACCAACCAUCCUUGAUCUUGAGGCGGACUUCAACAAACAAGUAAGCAAUAAGACAGUCACUUUUCUACUAAUCUUAUUCAGCGUAAAUUGUAUUUUAACCAAAUAAAAUGUCCAACAGAGAAUCAAAUAGAUGUUUCUGUAGUUAAUUCACUUGUUUAUACUAUACAAUUGAUAGACCGAAAUUUUUGCAUUAAUUUAACCUUAUAUGAAAUUUUAUCACCAUUUUUUUAUCAAGGUCUCUGAGCUUUCCGAACAGGAAAACCCAUGGGUCAUAUUUGUGGAAACCCUCACCCCAGAAAGUGGUCUACAAGAGUUGCCACCCUUUGAUAAAGAUAGUAAAUACUUUAUUUGUUGGUUUUUUGUGUGUUUUUUUUUUUUUUUUUAGAAUUUUAUUUAAAAAAACAUAAUCAGUUUGAUAAUUUUUUAUUAUUCAUGUUUUUUUUAUAAUUUUAAGGGUGUUUUUUUAUUAUCUUUUUACUUUAUUUGUUGGUUUUUUGUGUGUUUUUUUUUUUUUUUGUAGAAUUUUAUAUAAAAAAACAUAAUCAGUUUGAUAAUUUUUUAGUAUUCAUGUUUUUUUUAUAAUGUUAAGGGUGUUUUCUCAUUAUCUUAUCAUAUGUGUGUGAUGAUGUUGGGGAUUUCAAUGAAAGCAUCAUGUCAAGUAUUUCUUUAACCAAUAAACAGGUGAUGUACUAUUAUUCUUAAAGAUGUAUGAUCCUAGAACAAAGUCUAUUUCAUACGUGGGUCAUCUUUAUGCUCCAAUCUCAGCUAAAGCAAGUAAGUGAAUUUAAGGAAAUAUCCCAAGUAUCGCUGUUUAUCCAAUUUUGACCUUUCAACUUCUUUUGAUUGCAAAUGUUGGUUAACUCUCAGGCAUAUUCUAAAUUUCUUUUAUAAGGGCCAUCCAUAUAUUAUGUAUGUAAGCAUAACCUUCUGUAUACAUAUGUGACAUCUAGCUGGCCUGUGCCAGCUAGUAACUCACUUGAGUAAUUACUGUUUGCCAGAGUGCAGUGACAUCUAGCGGGCCUGUGCAAACCAGUAACUCACUUGAGUAAUAAUAUUUUAUGUUUGCUGUUACCAAAUUAUGCUAAGUGAUCUACAUAUAUGUUAGAUAUAUUUUUACCAAACCCUAAUCAUUUUUACAAAGAUAAAAAUGUAUUGCCAGUUUGAAGUGUAGACUUGACAGGGAGUCUGGUUAAAACCUAUCUUUGGCAAAGGUGCACUAAUUAAAACAAUUUUAGGAACUGCCACAUACUGGUAUAGCCAAACAAAAUAGGUUAACUUGUGAAACAUACAUCAUACAUACAAAAGCAAUAUCUAUCAAAGUUCGAUUGUAAAGACACAAAGCAACACUAUGACAAUGAUUACAAAACAUUGCAUGUUAUUUUUACUUUACAGCAUUGGACUGUAUAUAGACUGUCAGAAUUUCAGGUUAAAUAUUACAGAAUUUGUGAAGGUGUGUAUGUACUUUCUGUGUCGAGACACACACACGACCUCAUAGGCACCCUUAAGCAAUGUCUCCAAAAUAGACAGACACCCCCCCAGUGCGUUUGUAAUAUAUGGAUGUCCCCUUAGCGGUGUUAAUGAAAAAACAAAUGAGUUUACUUUGAAUUAUCCACAGAUGAAUUGGUACCACAACUCAAUAGGAAAGCUGGCUUUCCUGUCAACACACCACUUUUACUCUAUGAGGUAAGAGGAUAGAAUUGUCGAUUGCUAUGUUCACCGCACCACUAUCAAGUACAUUGUUGGCAUCAGGCUUUGUAUAGCAUUUCCAUUUGCUUCUCUAAAAAAGCAAAACCCCUUACAAAAUGAAUUCAGACCCUUUAAAGUCUAGCAGUUUCUAAAAAUGCACAUGAUAUUAUUUUUAUAUUAUGUUAUAGGAAUGACCUUGACCUUAAAAGGAUGAGUGCAAGUGUACUAGUCUCCUUCUGCAUUCAAGCCACCCCAACACUUAAUAUUUUGUUUAUUUAGCAUUACGUCUGUCUUUUUUUCAUUCACAACACACAAAUUUCUUUUACACAAUUUACAAGGGGAAAAAACAUGAAAUGAUUUGAAAAAUGUCCUUUUCAUUAGUUAUUUCAUCCAUUUAUUAUCACAUUAAUACCCCAGAACAUACAGAAACAUGAAGGUCUUUGAAUCUUUUUAAACUGGGCUUUGGGGAUCCAAUUUUUGUCUUUUUUGUUAUAUAGCCACACUUUCCCAAAACAAGAUGACCAUAACGUCAUGGGGUGAGGGGCAUUAUGUCCCUUGAUCUGCCAUUAGGAUGGUUAUAUAGGGAUAAUGACUGAGAAGGCAUAUGAACUUUCAACUAUUCUAUGAGAAUUGAGGAUGCUAAUUUAGUCUUGACAUAGUCGUUCUGUGUUUACCGUAGUGAUGCCAAAUACAAGAUAGUUGGGCGAUUCUCACACUCAACGAAUCGUUAAAAACACUGUAUAUUUGGUCCAAAAUGACCAAUACCCAUUUAAUGAUAUUUUGCACUAUUUUUUAACAUCUUUUAAUAAUUUUUUUUAAGUAAUUAAAAUUUGUGUACAUGCUUUAGAAACAAAAUAUAUCAAAACCCAGAAUUACUCUAAAAAAUUUAUAUUUUUGCCAAUCUUUUACCCACACCCUCAUAAUUGUUUUCUAUAAUUAAUUUGUGAUUUCAUUAUCUCAUUGUUGUGGCUCGAUAAAAUUGUUUUUAAAGGAUCCUAUGACCUGCUCAUAAGUAGGAUCAGACCACUUAUUUCCUUACCUGAAAUGUUUCAAAAAAAUUUGGCUUUAGAGCGAGUAGAUAAAGUAAUUUAAUACCGUACAUAAAGUAAUUUAAUACAGAGCUAAGCAACCUUUUUUCUCUGUUGAGGCAGACCACAAGUAAAGACUUGCCAAAUUAUUCUAAAUAACAUAUUGUAGUUAACAUUCAUCAUGGCCUGUAAUGUAAAUAGCAUAUCUCUAUUAUUGUCUGUUUUGGGAGCAUUUCUGUUACUGCAGAGUUUGACAGUUUGAUAAUACGCUCACCAAAGUUCUUUUUAUAUCAAAACGGUUCUAUCAUAAUUAUGUGCCAAAGUAUACACUCUGCUUUUCAACCUCUUGGAGGCAUUUUGUGUGGCACACCUGGCAUCAUCUCACUACACAAAAGUGUGCCGGGGCACACCAGUUCCAGAACUCUUAAUCUAAUAUAUCCAGUGUUUUUAAGUGCUGGGAAUAAUGGGGUCAGUGAAGGUUGGGAGUAUUUGACUUAGGGGAGGUAGAAGUCAGAAUGUAGGGAAGGAUGUGGAGUGACAGUAGUAAUGUGGAGGGUAGGGGCUGAGAAUAGGGAUCACUUAGAACAGGAGUCUCAAACUCAAAUCAUCCUGGGGCCGCAGGAGGCAGAGCCUCAGUGAGACUAGGCCGCAGGAGGCAGAGUCUGAGUGAGACUUUUAGUCUGAUUUUAAAACGCUUUUGUACCAUUAUAAUCAACAUCCAAUUCUAAAGAAACAUAAUAAAAAUUAGAAUUAGACUAGUCGGUAAGAUUCGACUGAAACCGUCACAAAGAGUCACAUUAUAGAUAUGAGAAUGGGGAAAACGCGCGGUCCGCAUUAACACUAAAUUUGCUGUCCAUGUCGCAGGCUGCAAAAUAUCGUGUUGCGGGUCGCAAAUGGCCCACGGGCCAUGAGUUUGAGACCCCUGACUUAGAAGAUCAAAACCAAAGCAUAAGACUUUAUAGCAAAAGAAAUAACUUUGAAUAAUAUCUCAGGAGGUGAAGCCUAACUUGAUUGAGAGGCUUGAGGAUCUCAGCUUGCCUAUGGAAAAGUUGCUUGACGAGCUCAUGGAUGGUGACAUCAUUGUCUUUCAACGAGAAGAAGAAGAUACUCAGUACCUUUUACCUACACCCAAAGAGUAUUUCAGGUGUGUACCUUUUACCUACACCCAAGAGUAUUUCAGGUGUGUACCUUUUACCUACACCCAAGAGUAUUUCAGGUGUGUACCUUUUACCUACACCCAAGAGUAUUUCAGGUGUGUACCUUUUACCUACACCCAAAGAGUAUUUCAGGUGUGUACCUUUUACCUACACCCAAGAGUAUUUCAGGUGUGUACCUUUUACCUACACCCAAGAGUAUUUCAGGUGUGUACCUUUUACCUACACCCAAGAGUAUUUCAGGUGUGUACCUUUUACCUACACCCAAAGAGUAUUUCAGGUGUGUACCUUUUACCUACACCCAAGAGUAUUUCAGGUGUGUACCUUUUACCUACACCCAGAGUAUUUCAGAUUUAUUUUAGAAUUACAUUUUAUAUUUCAGGCUAAAAUAUUUAAAAAAUUUCUAAUCAGUGAAACUUUGAAAGAAUUAGCAGAGACAUAACUUAUUGUUAACUCGGCUAAACAUCUAAUUUUUACUGAUUCUACAUUUUCAAAUAUCCAAGACUUUAUUUUCCAGACAAGGCUACAGUACUUUAAAAUAUACAUUCUUUAGCAGAACUUUUAUACAAUUACUUUGCCAUAUAUAAAUAGCUGAAACUUAAAGCAAUUAAAAGAAGAUACAAAAUCAUUUUUUAAAUUAUUAAUAAAAGUGUGACACAUUAAAUUUUGCUGUUGUAACUGACACUGAACAAAAUUAAAAUCUGUCCUUUGUUUCUUUUCAGGGACCUUUUCUAUCAAGUCGAGGUGACGUUCUGUGAUAAAUCUGUUCCAAAUGACCCAGGCUUCACUCUGGACUUGUCUCAAAAAAUGAACUAUGACCAGAUGGCCAACGCAGUGGCCAGUCAUUUAGGCACAGAUCCAUACAAACUGCAAUUCUUCAAGUGUCAAGGGUAA